AUAGGACUGUUUGCUGUAGGAACUUUCACUCGUCCGUCCUCCGUCGCAGAAACAACCUCUGCUGCUCUCUGCUGUUUUAAUAUUUCAGUAUCUCAACCAAUUUGUAAAAAUGAAGAUUGCAGCCUUCAAUGUCCAGAGACUGGGAAAGGAUAAAGUCAGAAAAAGGGUUGUGCAGGAAAAACUUAUCAAGAUUGUGUCUCGGUACAGCGUGGUGGUGAUGCUGGAGGUGGUGGAUCAAACCGGCGAGGCCAUGAAAGUUUUCCUCCAAGAACUCAAUAAGAGUGGACCUCAUCUGUACGGCAUGAAGAGCAGCCAAUGUCUGGGACGAAGCACCUACAGAGAGAAGUUUGUCUUCUUCUUCAGAAAGGAUGAGGUGAGGGUGAUCAACUUCCACCAGUACAAAGAAACAGCUGAAGACACUCUCGCCAGAGAGCCCUUCAUGGUGCGGUUCGAGUGUCUUAAUACAGUUGUGCAGGAUCUGGUUCUGAUCCCAGUUCACACCAAACCAGAGGAUGCAGAAAUAGAGCUGGAUGCUAUGGGGCAUGUGGUUGAAGUUGCAAGGAAAAAAUGGAACACUGAUAACAUUAUGAUUCUGGGGGACUUUAAUGCAGAUGGACGUUACCUCUCCAAGAAGAAGAAGGAAAGCAUCAGCAUCUUCUCUCCUGACUACCAUUGGCUGAUAGGUGAUGAAGUCGACACCACGACAAGUAACUCUACUGACCACACCUACGACAGGAUUGUGGUGUUUGGAAAAAAGAUGUACAACGCUGUGGUUCCUGGCUCAGCUCGGGCUUUCAACUUCCAGAAGGAAUACCGUCUGUCUGAUGCCAAUACUGAAGCCAUCAGUGACCACUACCCUGUGGAGGUGGUGCUGAGAAGGAAGAGGAAAAAAUGAGCUCCGAAGGCAACCAACGAAGAGAAAGGACAUCAGAAGAAGACGGAUGUCCCAGCAGAUAACCUCAUCAUGACACAACAUUAGACAAUAAACGCAUUGGCAGUUCCUUAUAUGACUGCUUACUUAUUACUUAUUACUUAUUACUUAACGCUUGAGGCUUCGUGUUAUCUGAAAUAAACUAAUCAUG